AUGUGCCUCGGUAGGCGUGAGAAAAAAAAAAUUAAAUAAAAUUGCCAAUUGAGAAAACCAGAAACCGGGCAUCUCUGAACUACCCUCCAUCUUGUGGUACGUCUACCAACAAAUGAAUUGUUUCUGAUAGCACUGGUACCUAUUGCUCCGCCCACAUGGGUGUAGCAGACUAUUCAUCUCUUGUGGUCCUUUCCAUUGUUUGAAUUGUUACCCGAUUGAGCAAUAAAAAUAAUCCGAUGACCUGAUUGCGCAAUUCGAUGAAUGCGAUUGUGAUAUAUUUAUUACACUUAUCUGUUGGUGUUGACCCUCUUGCGCAAUCCUUUUGACCCUUUUAUUUGCAUAUGCUCGGCAGAUACGUUUUUGAGGUCAGAUUACGGCAUUUGGGCUGAUGUGUCAUAAAUAUUCAAAUUGUGCUUUUUGGGUUAACUAUUCGUUUCAUGCUAAAAAUAGUUAGUGUGAGAGGGUGUAUACGUGCAACAAAAAAAAAUUUUACAUCCGGAUGUGGACGCCUGCCUUGCGGGCUUACCUUUUGUACACUUGUUGGAAACAAGCUGCCGCGCGUCAGAAUAAAGGGAAAAAAAACAUAUAAUCAUGCGACCAGAGGUUUUAAAAAAAUACGAGACAACGUGUGGAUACAACCCAACACGUUUAAACUUACCAUAAGUUCCAUUUCUUCACUUUCCUGUUCAUAAAAAUCUGAAAUUGUUUUGCGCGCGAAUUUUGAAGUAACCUACUGCAGAAAAAGCGAAAAAUUGUCAACUAAUGGAUAAGCGGGCGAUAGCUAUCUGAUGUCUCAACAUAAAACCAACCAAGAGUUAAAAAGCCCAGAUUCUCACGGAUAAAUCCGCUCUCUCAGAGAAUCCCUCAGGAGUAAAAAAAAUCCCAAAAACUCACGUAACCUGCACACUGGGCGAGCUUCAGCGUGCGCAGGACCUCUGUCGUUGGCUUCAGUUCCCAUUGUACCUCUUCUAUUUGGCAGUAGAUGGAAUAGAUAUAGAAUACUAGUACAAUAGUCGGUUGCUUGUGGCUUCCGCAAACCUAACCUACUCCUACACGUAUACAUUAUACACUACUAAUUUGAAAAAAAAAAUAAAAUUUAAGGUUAAAUAAAACUUAAAAUAAAGAAAUUGAAAUUAAAAAAAAUACAAAUACUACCUAUCGGGGAGUACCUCGGAGAAGUAUCCCCUCAAGGUGGAACCUCCACGUUAUACGCCGCGACCCCUCUAGCUUAGCUAGAGGAGGUCGGGCAUAUACUUUAUGCUUUUUCCUAAAGUUUAGUUAGAUAUAACCUCGAGUUCUUGAUUAAGCAUAGUUUAUUAUAGAUAAGGAUAAAGAUAAUUACAGUAAUUAGAUAUAAAGAUACAAGAUUCUACUAAUGAAACUUAAUUAGAAAAGGGACCUAUGGUCCCCUUCACCUAGCCAUCUCCUCAACCCAACUCUCCUCCUCUUCUUCUCCAUCACCAACGCGCGAGGGGGCGUGGCCUGAUGGUGACCGUAACACCAGUCACGAAUCACUUCUAGAACUCUCACAAAUCAACAAAGAUGUUUUCUCGCCGCCACCCGGAUUUUUGAAUCAACCAAGAUGUUCUGAAUCGAUUACACCAUCUAUUGCUGCACCAUCUUCAUUCUUUGCGCCAAAUUUGGCGCAAGCUUGGCAAAGACCGAUUAAGGUGAGGUUUUUUGGUGGGGAAUUUGAUUAUGCUAGAAAUCGGAUAAUAUCGGUCAAAUAUUCCACUAAGAAUUCCCUCUGUACACCUAAAAAUCCCUCAUUUUUGCAGAUCGAUUUGGAGCAAGUUUUGGGCUCGAAAGAAGCUUGGGAAAAUGCAUUUUCAACUUUGAAAGUUUAA